UUUAGUUUGGAUCUCUAUCCGAUGCUGUGGAAUAAUUGCUAUUGUCACAAUCCCCUUAAAGUCAUUUUCUGAAAUGUUUCUGUGUCUUCCAGGUUUAACUAGUGGAGUUGGUUUGUUGCCAGAUGGUCCUCUGAAUGGAGCUGUUGGAGGGACAGUGAUGUUUACCACAGUGAAUCCACCAGAGAGUCCAUUUGCAACAACUAACUGGUGGUUUGGGGACAAACAAAUAAUUGUUUCAAAUAUUCAAAACUACACUUCUCCUGGAUAUGAGGGAAGAAUCACCUUCUUCCCCUCUACUGGAUCUCUGGAGCUCAGGAGUCUGUCUCUCAAUGACAGUGGAGAAUACACAGUCUGGAUUACAACUGUGAAGGAGUUUGAAGGCAGAACCACACUGAGAGUUUAUGAGAGAAUAUCAAAUCCUUCUAUCACAUCGUCAUCAAAGGAGCCAAUAGAGGGGAACUCUGUCAACUUAACCUGUGACGCUGCUGGCUCCGUGUUUACCAGAAAGUGGAUGAAGGAUGGAUCUGAUCUAAAUCAAGCUGACAUUAUACUUUACGAUAACAACAGAGUUCUGUCUUUUCAACGUCUAAAUAAAACAGACAGAGGAGAAUAUUCCUGUAAUAUCAGCAACCCCAUCAACUCAAUGGAAGAUAAACACGUCUUGGUUGUGAACUACGGACCAGAAAACACUCAAAUCAAAGGCCAGCAUCUCAUAUCUUUGGGAGACACCUUCACAUUAACCUGUGAGGCCGAGUCUGAACCACCUGCAAACUUCACCUGGUUACUGAAUGGGACAGAGAUACUCAAUUCUCCUGAGUACACUAAAAAGAACGCUGAAGCGUCCGACAGUGGAAACUACACCUGUCAAGCAAAGAAUAUCAUAACUGGAAGAUCAUCUUCUUCAGUGCAUGGAGUGACUGUAACAGUAUCCUCUCCAGUACCAUCACGCUGUAGUGGUGGUUGUAUCGCUGGAAUAGUAAUUGCAUGUUUGGUGAUCCCUGGAGCAGCUGCUGCUGCAGGAUACUUUAUCUACAAAAAGAAAGCCAACAGAAAACCUCAGCAAAAAGGGACAGAUAAACUACAACAACCAAAACAAGAAGAUGUUAAUGAGAACACAUCAACAGUAUAUGAUAACACAUCAAUGGUAUAUGAAAUAUAUCAACGGUAUAUGACAACACAUGUACGGUAUAUGAGAACACAUCAAGGGUUUCUGAGGACACAUUAAGGGUAUACGAGUGUAUAUAAACUCAGCGGUCUUUUGAAGGUAAAUUGAACUUGUGCCAUGAGGAUACAUGUAUCAUGAAGAUGGAGCACCAGAAGGAAUUUGUCCUCAGAGACUUCAUUAUCAUGAAGUCAAAGCACUUUGUAAACAUCUGUUUUAAAAGUGAUAUUAAUAUAUAAAACAGAUGUUUGUAUAUACAGUAUAUAUAUUGUUCUUUUAGGUAAUUCUUUUAUUUAAUACGUUUUUAACUUUCUGAGGCCAUAACCGCUCAGCUUAGGAUGCUGUUAAUAAGAGUUGAUCAGUUAGUGGUUGUAGGCGGUGUUGAAGAGGUGAGUUUUCAGGGAUAAAUUAAACUUAGCAUGGGCUUCUACACUGUAGCAAUCCUUUAUGAGACAAUACGUUCUUAGUUUUGGUUUGCACCAUAUAUCUACAGAUAUAUUUCUCUUUGUACAUAACAAACAUAUGUUGGGGUUGU